AUGUUUUCUGAACCUCCUUGCAAAAACGAUGAUCUGAAUAGAUUUUAUCUAGCUAUUAGUCGAGAUGGAAAAUAUGCUGCCACGUUCGAUGCAGCAACCCUUCACGUUAAAAUUUUAAAAACUAUCGAUCAUCGAGAACUUGCUCAUUUUAAAAUAAAGGAUGAUGAUUUAUCUAUCCAAGUUUACGAUACUUACGAUAAUCCUCCGCCAUCCCAAAAUGUUAUAGAUAGAUGGUCGAUCGACAUAUCCAAUGACGGAAAUUUUAUAUUCAUAGCAGCUUCUCGAAUACUUGAACAAAAUAUGGAAAAAGAGAAUGAGAUUAGCACAAUGGUUGCAAAAAAUUUCUCUGAGAGUAAUAGAGAAUAUUGUAUAAAUUUUAGUUCGGAAAAUGCAACAAAUUUAACAGAUUUUAAAACCGUUAUUUAUUGUCUUAAAUUAAAUAAAGACGUUAAUCAAGUUGAUUAUAGAUUUACUAAAUAUAAUUAUAAUAGAUUAUCAGGAAUUUGUAGAUUCGCGGAAGAGACAAAGGAAGAUGUUAAAUCAGAUUAUAAUUUAAAAAAAUUUAUUUUAUUGAAUUAUAAUGGCAUAUAUAGCUUUAAAUAUAAUGAGAAACAUAAAACUUUUAAUGAUGAGGAGAGAUAUAUAUAUCCAGAAGAUGUCAUUUGCGAAUUAAAAAGUACACAGGAUCGCACAAGCCUUCUGUUGUCAUACAUUUAUAAAAAAUAUUUUAUUAUAGAAGACAGCAAAAAAGUUCUUGAAGUUUAUGAUCUAGGAAAAAUGAAAUUUGAAACUAGUAUAAAGAUCGGUGAUGACGACAUAAACCUUAACGACAAAGUUUACUCGAUCGAUAAACAAGAAUUACAAUUUUGUAUUGCUCAAGGACCUCAAUCUAUUGGGAUAUUCCUUAUGGAACAUGGAUCGAGAAUCGCAUCCAAAUCAUUUGAAAAAUUCAAUAUACAUAAAAUCCAUUUAAUUGAAUUCAUCAACAGCGAUGAGAAAUUAUUUUUGAUUGUCAGUGAUUCUACAAAGGAUCUAAAAUUUAUCAUUUGGGAUAUAUAUGAUACUGACAAGGUUGAUAUAAUAACAUUAGAAGGACUUACGUCACAAAAUCUUAGUACUUGCUUUGCAAGUUCCUCUGGAAAUAUUUUACAUGUAAAUAAUGAAGGGAAAGUUAUAUCAAUUAGUAAUAUGAUUAAGAUAAAAUCAGAAAAGAAUAAUAUUGAAAGUAAUUUAGAAAAUUCAGUUUUAGAAGAAUAUAUUCCAGGAUUUAAAGAACCAACAUCAUUUAAAAAAUUAGAACAUCAUACUAUAUAUUUUUAUGCAAAGGAAAUAAAUAAACAUGAUGAAUUAGAACUGGCAGUUAGUGAACUAGAACCAUGGGUAACAAAUAAAUAUGAAAAGAUUUCUUUUUAUCUUUGCUAUAAUGAUUCAGAAGUUUUACAACUUAUUGUCGGUAGAUCCACUAUUCAAAUCUGGCAUCAAUUCAAUGAUAAAACAAAAAAGAAAAAAUAUCUUCCUAAUAAAGGAAGGCCAUUUCUUGAAUUUAUUUGGACGAAUGAAAUUCCAUAUAAUCAAGAAAAUGAAGAACAUAAAUUACAUAUAAAAAGUGUUAGAUUUGGUUUGAAAAAUUUUCGUUUGGAGGUUUAUUGGUACGAAGGUUCAAGCAAUGAGAAAGAAAAUAUAAAAGUAAGGACGCAAAAAAUGAAAAAUAUGGAAGAAAUAAAAGGAAUGACAAUCCAUAAAAAAAUAAUUGAGUGGAGGGAUAUUAAUGAAAGAUUGAAUGGAAUAAGAUAUGCAUGUGAGGCAUUAGAAUUCCUUAACGUGCGCGUAAAAUCUUUAACAAGUUAUGAUAAAACACAUAAAUACAAUGAAAUAGUCAAGUAUAUUAAUCAUAUAAUUUCGAGAUUUGCUUCAAAGCGACCACAACGAUAUAGAUUACUAGAUGUUCGCUAUAAUGUUAUGAAAAAUUUAAUUUUUGGUGAUUGUAAUCAUUUAAUUCAUUAUCUUUUAUUUGGGUCCGACAUGGAUCUUUAUAAACCAAAAUGUAAGUUUUGGAACGAAGAAAAUGAAGAACGUGAAUAUAUUAUAAUAAAUGAAACAAACUAUGCGAAUAUAAAAAUUGAUAAAGCUAACAAAGUUCAGAAAGAGAAACAAAAAUAUCCAACGACAGAUGUGAAUUUAGCAAUUUAUAAUUGCAGAGAUCGUGAAUUAAAUGAUACAAUAAUCAUUACAUAUAUUUUGGAAUACUAUUAUUUAUUUUAUUCAGAAGAUUUUGCUAAUUUGGUAAAGACUGUUUCCGAUGCAUAUACUUUAUGUAAGAUAUUAAAUUAUGAAACUUAUACCAGUAUUAUAAAAAAUGAGUGGCACACAUUUGUGGAGGAAACCACAAAAAUCCAAGAGAAAGAUCCAUUAAAGAGGAUUCAGAACUGGGUUUCGUUUGAGAUAGAUUUAAUAAUAAAAAAAUUUAAAUCACCCGAGAAUGAUCCAAAGAAUACUAAAUUUACCAAGGAUUCUACAUUAAGUGGAUUUGCUACAAAUCCGAAAACGAACGAUAUACUUAAACUUGAACUUAAAUCCGAUUUUAAUCCUAAAGAUCCUAUGGAUAAUCCAUUUUCCUCCUUUACCACUUCAUUACUCGCUACAUAUUUUUGGACUAAUGGUGAUUUUGUUCAAAUGGAUCAAUUUAGUUCUUUGUCUAUAAAUAUAUUCACUAUAAUUGCUAGUAUUUUACUUGUAUAUGUUUUGCAAAACAUGCUGAUUGCUAUUAUGGGUAAUGUUUAUGAAGAUGCAGCGGCUAAAAGUAAUCAGGCUGUAUUAAAAUAUAAAGCAAUACAAAUAUCAGAUUAUGAUGAUUUAAAACAUCGCUUUGAUUAUUGGCACCAAGAUCCGGAAUUUGUUCCUUCUAAAAAACGCGUUAGAAAUUUUAAAAAUGCCGUCUAUCUUGAUCAACAUAUUUCAGAGUUCGCUAAAGAACUAGAUUUUGAUAAUAAAUCUAUUUGGGAUUUUGAUAAUUAA